AUGUGUCAUUUGCUACAAUGGCCUUGCAACAUUAUGGAGCGUUUCUACGCCGCCUCAGGACCCUGGCUGCUGACGAGCAAGACCUGGCCAAUGACCGUGUUCUUGCUGAUUGACAAUUUUGAGUCGAUGUAUCUUGGACGAACUGAACCGCUCGGACCUCAUAGUAACGCAGUGAGACUCAUUUUGCGCGAAAGAGGCUAUCCUCAGUUUCUUGAUCGAUCAAGUUUCUGCUUGUGGCGGAUGGCACACGAACGUAUUCAAGCCCGACAGAUCCUACUCCGAGAGGAGCCUGACCCAGAACAAAUCGAAUGGCUGAACAGGCUCGACCAUGGAAUUACUUACUUGCGUAUUUCUUCUAACAUUCACCAAAUCAAUACUAUUGCUGCCGCUGUCACCAAGCUCAUUCAGAGUGAGCAAGGUAUCAAACCAACUGUCACUAAAAGGAGGGAAGAGGCUGAUAAACUCAUACAUUCAAGCCAGAACCUUGUAGCCUCGAUUGAACAAUGGAUUGCAGAUGUUGGGGAGAAAUGGAGACCAAAGGUAGUCGCAGGAAACUGUGCUUUGCAAGAAUCGGAUCAGGAUUCCCCAUCGCAUCCCUCGCUGCCGGACUUUCUAUGCCCUCGCAUGCUGAAUUAUAGUGACAUAUGGCUGGCGUACACUUGGAACUUCCACGCUGCGAGUCAAAUAGUCCUGAGGGAGUCCUUGGUGGAUACUGUCCAGUUCAAGAACGACCUGGAGAUGCGGGAGAGCAGUACGGAAGACGAGGAAUUGAUCAGGGCUCAGCAUCAAGGUGUGCAGCGACUAUCAUCGUCAAUCAUUCGAUCGUUUCCCCAACUCCUCGGAUUUGUACACGGAGACGUCCAGCCACCGCAUGCCCUACCUCAAGGGAAGAUGGCUGGCAGAUACUUCUCUCUCUUCUCAUUGAGCAUCGUCCAAAGAGCACGGUUUACCUCGGCGGAGCACAAACAAACAGCGACAGAGGUCUUGAAUUGGAUAAAGUCAAGCCACCAACUGACCUGA